CAAUAAACUACAAAAGAAAAAAUAAUAAAAUGGAUAAUCGUACUGAAAUAGCGUGUUUUAAUGUCUAUCAUUCGGAUUUCUUAAUGGAAUAUAUAUUAAAAUAUUUAGAUUUAAAAGAACAAGUAAAACUCGUCGAUAUAGCUAAACGUUUCGGUUAUGUAUUAUCCACAUUUCUAUGGCCUAAAACCUGUUCCAAAAUUAUACUAUAUAAAACGCCCUAUGUCAAUAUUAUAGCAAAUAUUUCAAAUAUUGGCAAAGAACAGGAAAAGGAAACGGAAAUGGAAGAGAUUAGAAAGUCCAAAGUGGCCUUAAAUCAUAAGGAAUGUAAUAAUUUUUUAUUUUUAAAUGCGAAAAAUGUGAAAGCCUUAAAAGUGAAUUCGGAAUUUUUUUAUCAUCAGCGUGAAUUGGGAAUUUCUUUUAAAAAUAUACAAAUCUUUAAUAAUUUAAGAGAGCUUACCUACUAUCGUCUCAUACUAGAUGACGAGCAAAUGCGUGUUCUAUCGCGAAAGUGUAAAAAAAUUAAGAAAUUACAUUUAAUCGAAUGUUACAAUGAGUACUUGACGCCACUGGUACCGGGAGAACAUUUGAAUUUGGAAUAUAUUUAUGAAAUGAAAAAAUUAGAGGAAUUGGUUUUAUAUGCCGAACCAGAUGCUGAGGCCGUUAUUAAAUCCUAUCAUUUACAGGACAUGUUUGUCAAUUUAAAGUUAAAGAAAUUGAUUUUGAAAAAUUUCAUUAUAGACGAUAAUGAUGCCGAUACUUUGGAAACUAUAUGCGAUACUUUAGAGGUUCUCAAUAUGGGCAUGAUCUCUAUGUGCUAUUGGCCUAGUUUUAUGCAUUAUUUGAAUCAUUUUGAAAAUCUACGUGAACUUUGCAUAAAUGUCAGUGAUUACAAUACCACCUUGAAUGUACAAACCGUAGACAUUCUCGCCCAUAAGUGUAAAAAGCUGCAAAAGCUUUCAUUAGAGAAAUGCGAUUUGAGUGUGGAAGAUUUUGGUGUUUUAACAAGUCUUAAACAUUUAUCCCUAGAUUCCUGUGGUGGUCUAACAUUUGCCAAUUUUCAACAGAUACUGGGAGCUUUAACUUUAAAAUCUUUUACCAUGAUUAAUACCCGCAUUAUUGGCAAUAUAAAUCAUAUUUUUGUUUCACCUACCUUGAAAAGAAUCAGCAUUAACACCAUACGUUUUACCCAGAUAUCGGAAGCUUUUCAAAAAUCUCUUAAUAAUUUUGAAAGUCUACACACCUUAGAGUGGUUAAAUGGUGAUAUAAAUGAUAAUUGGAUUAUAGAUAAAUGUCCUAAAUUAAAAUAUCUACACAUACCCAAUCCGUAUCUAUUAAGACGCAUUGUUUUCACCAUGAAAUCCCUAAAAGAAUUAACUUUUACUUCGUGCACAGGGUUGUCGUGGUGUUUUAUUUUGAUUUUAAUACGCAACUUAAAGUUAGAACGUUUGUGUCUGCAGACCAAUGAACUAAUAGAUGAUGACAGAGAAAUUCCACUUAAUGCCUGCGGUAUAAAAACCACAUUACGCAUGAUAACUAUACCGUGUAAUAUCUUUAAAAUGGCUCAAUCAUUUUGGCUUGACUUGAUGUAUCUGAAUGUCGAUUUGCAUUACUUGAUUUACGGCAAACAUGAAGAACUAUUGGAUGGCAUCUUUUUGGAUGAGAUGAUUUGCAGUGAAAGGUUUUGUCGUCGCGUAAAGUGGAUAAAGAUUUGCGGUUAUAAAUUGGGUAAAAUCUUAGACAUGAUAUUAAUAAAGACGAAAGAAAUAAUUUUAAACGAUAGAAUAGACAUGAAUUUUCGUUUACAAAAGUCGUGUUUAAAUGUCUGUAAAUCGGAUAAUAUUUUGGAAAAUAUUUUCAAAUUUCUUAAUUUAAGUGAACAAUUGAAAUUUGUGAGCGUAUGCAAACGUUUCGAAUACUUUUUAACCAAACAAUUAUGGCCUAAAAUGUAUUCAAACAUAAAUUUAUAUUUAAGACAAGAUAUACACAUUAUAACUAUUAUAAGCAAUAAGGAAAACAGACAUGAGAUGGAUGUGGACUUAGUGGAGGCAAGAAAAACUAAAAUGGUUUUAUAUCCUAAAGAGCUAAUACAUUUUCUACAUUUACAAGCUAAACAUGUUAAGGCCUUAAAAUUGCACUCGGAAUAUCAGCAGCCAGAUAUAUGUCUUUCCUUUGAAAAUAUGCGAAUAUUUAGUAAUUUAACAGAACUUACCUAUCACCAACUGUGUGUCGAUGAUGAACAACUAAGAGUACUGACAAGGAAAUGUAAAAAUUUACAAAAAUUACAUUUACUAGAAUGUUACUGUACAAAUCAUUCACCUCUUAUACCAGGAGUUCACUUAAAUUUGAACAUUUUAAACGAUAUGCAACAGUUAGAGGAUCUUGUUAUACGAGCAGAGGCUCAAGCCAAUAUAGUGAUCAGAUCUCUUGAUCUACAAGUUAUAUUACUGAAUAUCAAGUUAAAAAAAUUAAUAUUACAAAAUAUCUCCUUAUAUGGUAAUGCUGCUGAUAACUUAGAGAACCUUACAAACAGUCUGGAGGUCUUCGAUGUGGGUAUAAUAACUCCACAAUUCUGGCUAAGUUUUCACUAUUAUCUCAAUCAUUUCGAUAAACUGAAAGAGCUUACGAUAAACGUCAGUGAUUAUAGAACAAUUUUAAAUAUACAAAUUAUACAUAUUUUGGCCACCAAAUGCGUGCAACUGGAGAAAUUGUGUUUGGAGAAAUGUGAUUUGUGUGUGGACGAUUUUGCUGUUUUGAAAAAUCUUAAACAUUUAUCAUUAAACUCCUGUGGAGGUUUAACAUUUGCAAAUUUUCAACAACUUUUAGGAGGUUUAAAACUGCAAACAUUUAGUUUCAUCAAAACGCGCAUAUUAGGUGAAAUAACGCAUAUCUAUGCAUCACCCACCCUGGAAAAGAUCACUAUUGAUAGUAUAAAUUAUGCUGAAAUAUCGAAAGCUUUAAAGAAAUCACUCAAUAAAUUUGAAAAUCUACACUCACUUAUAUGGUUAAAUGGCAGCAUAACCGACAGAUGGCUCAUUGAUAAAUGUCCUAAAUUACAAUAUCUUCACAUACCUAGUCCUCUAUCGUUAAAACCUAUUAUAUCUCAACUUAAAUCUCUUAAAGAAUUAUCAUUCAACUCCUGCAACGGUGUGUCAUGGGCUUUUAUUUUGUUCAUGAUAAGUGUUAUACACUUGGAAUGUCUAUACUUGAGAACUAAUGAAACCAUCAGUGAUAAUACUGUCAUUCCCGUUAAUGCUUGCGGUAUAAAAACCUCGUUGCGCAUGAUCUUAAUUCCAUGUAAAUUAUUUCGAAAGGCUCAGCCAUUUUGGAUUGAUUUAUUGUGUUUGAAUGAUCAAUUGCAUUAUUCGAUUUAUGGUAAACAUGAGGAACUAUUGGAUGAUGAAUUCUUGAAUGAAUUGUUAUUGUGUGAAAAGUUUUGUCUGAGAGUUAAAUGGAUUGAGAUUUGUGGUUUUAAAUUAGAUUGUAUGGAUCUGCAGGAUAAUUUUGAUCGUGCCAUUCAGGAUGUGAACAAAUUUACAAGUCAUUAUCGAUUUAAAAAUUCUAAUUUUACAAUGGAGAUGUAGACUUUAAUAUAUUUUUAAUUAAUAUGAUUUUAAGUAGUAGUUGUAAUAAUUUUUUUAAAAAUCUUUAAUAAAAAAGAUAAAAGUACGAUUUUUUAAAUAUGUAAUGAUUUGAUACUUGAAUUUUUCAAGAAGAGUAGAGGUGCUUUUAUAUCUUCUUUAUAUUUGAAUUUCACCAUACUUACUAUAAAUGUAAAAAUGGAAGUGGGUAAUAAAACACAUAUUUAAAAUUUUUAAUUUUCUGUUUUAAAACACACAAAUAUUAGUUCUGUUCUCUUGUUUUUUU